CCUGUACUGUGUCCGCAGUCGCUGGUCAUCUCCUGUACUAUGUCCGCAGUCUCUGGUCAUCUCCUGUACUAUGUCCGCAGUCUCUGGUCAUCUCCUGUACUAUGUUCGCAGUCUCUGGUCAUCUCCUGUACUAUGUUCGCAGUCUCUGGUCAUCUCCUGUACUAUGUCCGCAGUCUCUGGUCAUCUCCUGUACUAUGUCUGCAGUCUCUGGUCAUCUCCUGUACUAUGUCCGCAGUCUCCGGUCAUCCCCUGUACUGUGUCCGCAGUCUCCGGUCAUCUCCUGUACUAUGUCCGCAGUCUCCGGUCAUCUCCUGUACUGUGUCCGCAGUCUCUGGUCAUCUCCUGUACUGUGUCCGCAGUCUCUGGUCAUCUCCUGUACUGUUCCGCAGUCUCUGGUCAUCUCCUGUACUGUGUCCGCAGUCUCUGGUCAUCUCCUGUACUGUGUCCGCAGUCUCUGGUCAUCUC